CAUUCUUAAUUAUAUAUACACUCAUUAAUAAAUUGAUCUUCUUUUUUUUCUCUCUCUUACAUCUCAAAAUCCCGAGAAAACGAGGUUAAAGAUCCGUGCUUGAAUUCGUGAUUCUGAAAUUUCGCGUCUCUGAUCGUUCUCCUUGGCAUCUGAUCUUUGUUAUUUCUUUCCGUCUGUGAAAGUAAGCUCUUUUUCAAUUGACGAUGGCCACUGCGACUGGAGAAAUCACCAUCGUAUGCAACCACUGUGACAGAGAUAUUCCAUCACCGAAUAUCGAUCUGCAUCGUGUACAUUGUGCCCGGAAUCUAGAAAAAUGUAAGAUUUGUGGUGAUAUGGUACCCAAAAAGCAUGCUGAGGAACACUUCUUGAACACACAUGCUCCGGUAGCAUGCUCGAUGUGCAAAGAGACCAUAGAACGUGAGGUUUUGGAUAGUCAUAAAGGAGAAAUUUGCCCCAAGAGGAUUGUAACGUGCGAGUUCUGUGAGUUUCCACUGCCUGCAGUUGAUCUUGCUGAGCAUCAGGAAGUAUGUGGCAACCGGACCGAGCUCUGUCAUCAAUGCAGAAGCUAUGUUAGAUUGAGAGAAAUACAUAACCAUGAAACCAAAUGCCCUGGUUCUGUGCUCAACAAUGUUGAAUCAUCCAGAAGGAUCCCGAGAGCAGCAGAAGGAGGUGGAAACGGUAGGAGGCGAAGAGAUGGGAACGGUGUUUCGCACAAAAGGCUUUUUGUCACGAUAGCGAUAACGGGAAUAGCUGUCUUAAUAGGAUCGUUGUUCUUCCAGAGAGGAGCUAAGUAGAGAGACAUAGCUCGUGUGUAAUUCUGUAAAUUUGUUCAAAAAUCCUUCAGACAGAUUCUAUGGAGGAAGGGUUUAUACAUUUUAAUGCUUACCGAGAGAGAGAGAGAGAGAUCUGUCCUCCCAAAAGAUUGUUUAAGCUGAUCCACCAUGAGACUUUCUUUUGAUAUUUGGUUUCAAUAAAAGAGA